AUGGACCUCUUUAUCUAUAACCCGACCUAUGAGGUCUGGAUUUGCACGGCACGUCUGUGUCAGUAUGCUGUCUCACCACAGACCCUUCUUACACACCUCCGUGUCCAUCACCGCUCACACCUGACUGUGGCCACCCCAGCCCUGCAUGAGGCAGUCUUGACAGAGAUGCUGAAGCGCCCGUGGAUUGAUCCCACUAAGAGACCCUGUGUGAUCCCGUCCCCAGGAGACCCACCGAUCCCGGGCCUGCCGGUCUACCAGGGCCAUGGCUGCCCCCAUUGCUCCUACGUUGCUCGCACCACUGAGACUAUUCAGAAGCAUCACCGUGAGACCCAUAGAGACCUGGAGCCUCCCUGCGGCCGUGGGCGGAAGCCACAGUGGCAGGCAAACGCCAGCUGCCGCCUCGCCAAUCGCGUUGUCUCCUGCCAGCGCUUGUUCCCUAACAAGCACGGGAGUCAGUUCUUCGAGGUCACCUGUGCCGCCACGCCACCCAGCAAGCAGGCACCGCGAGCCAACGUCCCCAUGACCUCCGCGGAGCGGAUCCGCGCCUGCGUGGACCAGGCACUGCGGGAGGGGCAGGCCGCGGCAGAGAUUGAGGAUGGCCAGGUACCCGCAAUAGAUCCCCAACCUACAGCUGUGUCCCCCUGGCUCGAGCUGACCCGCUGGCCGGAGUACCUGCGUGGACAGGACCGGGCUGCAGUGGCAUUGCUGGGAUGCCUUCCUGAUCCUGGCAGGGAGCUUGUUCUCCUGCAGUUCAGCGCCAGUAUUAAAUGGUUGAUUAACCAGGCAUACCAGGUGAUCAAGGACGGCUGUCUGAAUGAGUUCGACCAGAUACAGAUCAACACCUUCUUUCGCAAGCCCAGCGUGUGGCAGCGACUGGUCUGCUUCACCUACCGCAGCACCCGGCCGGACCAACCCAUCCGGUUGCGUCACCAGCUUAACACCGCCCAGCUAGCUGCCCUGGAUCAGAUGGAGGAGCAUGCGCAGCAGCUGCUAGACCUGCAGGGCCAGGAUCAGCCAGUACUACGAGGAAAGGUGCAAAAACAGCUGGACCAGGCCUGUCUAGCCCUCUCGAUUGCCCUGCUGGAUCAUCCCCUGAAGGCAGACCUUUUCGACAGCACCCUGGUCGGCUUCCUGGCGGUCCUGGGGGUGGACCCCGCGCGCCAGACCUUCCGGGACCCGUAUAGCUACACCAGCUACCUGUCCGGCCUGGUCAAGAUGGCCCAGAUGCUGGUGGCCCUGCAGGCCGUCCGCCUGGCCAAGACUGGCCAGGUUACCCACCCCGUGGACGCCCUGGACGAGAUGCGCGAGCGCUUCUUGCUAUACGGGGUGCGCGCCCCCUUUGGCUGGAUCACCCGGCUAUGCAUGUACGGGAAGAAAAUCCAGAACAGGGCAGAUUGGCUGUGGGAGGAGUUUGUGGAGAUCCACCAGAUUAGGCAGUGGGAUGAGGUCCUAUGGCGGGAGGGGCCGGUGGCCCAGUACCUGCAGGAGGUGGACAGGUUCCUGCAGCGGCUGCUGCUGCUGGUGCAUAUCACUAGGGGCCAGCCUGGGCGGGCCACCGAGCUGCUGACCCUGACCCAUAGCAAUACCAAGCAUGGCCGCCACCGGUGUAUUUUUAUCAAGCACGGCCUGGUUAGCACGGUGACUGCCUACCAUAAGGGAUAUUCGAUCAGUAACUCCACCAAGAUCAUCCACCGCUACCUACCCAAGGCCUCCCUCCAGCGGCUGGCCAGGGGUCAGCGCGGGACUGCGUCCCCCUACCUGUGGCCCGCGGGGGAGGGGACCUGGGGAAGUGACCGGCUGCGGAAGGUCCUUGAGCAGGAGGCUAAGACCCAUCUACAGACCAAGCUUAAUAUCCUGUCUUACCGGCAUGCAGCUAUCGCGAUCUCAUGGGUGCACCUGAAGUGCGGCGGCUUUGAGCAGGACUAUAGUGGCGCAGAUAACGCGGCCUUUAACGAGCAGGCUAGCCAUGGGUCCUGGAUUGCGGGCAUGGUAUACGCGCGGGGGCUGCAGGAGGCACCAGGCCAUGUGGAGGCACGGCGCCGCCAGUACCGGGCCAUUAGCCGGGAGUGGCAUGGGUUUCUGGGGUUCGAGACCUAUCUAGGGCCUCGCAAGCGAUCGUGGCAGGGGGAUCUUGAUACUGGCAUGGCUAAACGGCCGUGUAUCAUGAUAGACAUGGACCAAGACUAG